UUUUCAGGUGUCACCGGGAAAAUCUUGUUUAGGUAAUAAAAGCGCAUCUCUAUUUAUAGUCCCAGCUUUAUUCCCUCAACCUUCGUUUUGAACAGGUGCUGCUAGGUUAUAAAAUGUCCAAUGCAAAAAUGAUUUUCACUACAAAAUUGUUGUUAUCGUUUCUUUUAAUGAAAAACAUCGCGUCGAAUGCACUCACUCAAAAUAACCUUUUAACUGUUCCUUCAACAGAGGAACCACUCGUAAAUGUUGAACGAGAUGAUUUUUUUAAUAAGAAAUUCGAUUUUCUAGGGAUUUUAAGAGAAAGCCGGUUUAGAACGAAAAUGGACCAUGGGAUGAACGACUUUAUGACGUCAAAAAUCAAUACAACACGAAAUAUUUUUCCAAACCUUAGAAAUCUAGACAAUAAUAAUGGAGAUAGAAGAUUAAUUAUUAUACCGACAAGGAUAAUUAAAUGUGUAGCAGGAGCUGCUAUCGGCUUGAUAUUUCUUGGUUUGGUGGGGUGUAGUAAAUAUAUGAUGUAUAAAGAAUUACUGUAUAAUAAAGAACAAGAAGACACGUUGUAUGAAAAACAACCAAUUUCCGAUAUUCCUCCAUCUGAGGUUCAUCGCUUUGUUAUCGUCGUUCUCGUUCAUCCAAUUCCUACACUAAAUUAAGUGGGUUGAGGUUAUGUUCGUAUUUAGAGUAUAAUUAAAUUUGCUGAUAUGAUA